ACAAUCGCAACCUCACAGUAUUUACCAGAUCCUGUAGCUGAGCUUCAGCGGGUUUUACUGUUAUAUAUUUUGUUUUUCUCCUGCGAAUCAUGUCUCGAGCGACAGAACGACUGAAAAUUGUUCUGAACCACUUGGAUCGGUCAAACGCCGCUGUUCGAGCGUCGUUCACCUCUUCACAAAAUGUUUCGUAUCACCACCCUCAAGCCCUUCGGUACACACUGGAUACAGACACUCUGAGCCCAGAACAGAGGAUUGCUUAUGAGGAGGAUGGCUUUAUUCUAAUCCGAAACCUGGUGUCUGAGGAGGAUAUUGACAGAUUUAGGGCAGAGUUUGAGCGCAUUUGUAAGAGAGAAGUGCAGAUCCCUGGAUUAAUAGUUAUGAGAGAUGUAGCUAUUGCCAAGUCCGAGUUUGUGGCAGAGGAGAAAGCUGUAUCCAAACUCCAGGACUUUCAAGAAGAUCCGGAGCUGUUCCGUUACUGUGCCCUGCCAGAGAUUCUGAAGUAUGUGGAGUGUUUCACUGGGCCCAAUAUCAUGGCCAUGCAUACCAUGCUGAUUAACAAGCCACCAGAUGCAGGUAAGAAGACGUCUCGUCACCCCAUGCACCAAGACCUCCACUACUUUCCUUUCCGGCCGGCCGAUCGCAUUGUGUGUUCCUGGACUGCCAUGGAGAAGGUGAACAGACAGAACGGCUGUCUGGUGGUGCUGCCGGGCACACACAAGGGCACCCUGCUGGAGCACAACUAUCCCGAGUGGGAGGGUGGUGUGAACAAGAUGUAUCAUGGUGUUCGUAACUAUGACCCCCAACAUCCCAGAGUGCACCUGGAAAUGGAGAAAGGUGACACCGUGUUUUUUCAUCCCUUGCUAAUCCAUGGUUCGGGAAUGAACCAAACAAAGGGAUUCCGUAAGGCCAUCUCCUGUCACUAUGCCAGUGCAGACUGUUAUUACAUUGAUGUGAAGGGCACGACUCAGGAGAACAUCAGUAAUGAGGUGAAGGAAAUUGCAGCCAGGAAAUACGGUGUGGAUGACACCAUCACUUUUCAGGACACCUGGGCAUUGAGAGGUCGUCUGGUGCAAGGAGAGAGGAUAUCACUGUGACACACUCUGCCCGUUCAACAACCAAUCAACAGCCACUGAAAGGAAAGAGACACACCCACUAACCAAGUGAAUGAAGCCCUCAGCAAUGCAGCUAUUGUUUGAGAGAUGCUUAUGGAUUAAUUUUUU